UGAUUUUCACAUUUCCCUGACAGAGCUGCUCACAGUAGGUGUGUGUCCGUUCGCGACCAGAGGAUAAGGACCCUUCUCAUUCUCAUUGGUUUGAAACAUUGGGACUAUAAAUUCUAAUUGCAUACCAUCGUAAUAUUUAUGCUUGUUGUUUGACCUCUGACCCCUGAUCCCUGACCCAUGGAACGAUGCAGCGAUGAAGCUCGGAGCCCACUGAGAGCCACACAGUGAGAUGAAGUCGACGCAGCCCAGCGAGCACCGCGGUCCCGUUUUAACCCAACACUCAGACACCUGUCUGUUGCUCCGCCCUCUCCCGCUGCCCCAGGCCCCAGUCCCUCCCCCCCGGCCCACGAGGCCUUAGUGAUGCGUGUUAUGAAUAGCCCGUCCCUGGCCAAUGAGAAACAGAACUGCAAUGGCGGGAGCAGGGCGGCCGAUUCCAUGCCCGCGCCCCCGCCCGUGAGCGUCCUUUGCGGCCCGCCCGCUCCUGCUCCGCCUCCCCCUCCCCCUCCCCCUCCCCCUCCCCCGCCCCCUCCCAGCGUCCCCCCGCCCCCACCGCCCCCUCCGCCGGGAGCGGGGAACCCUGUUCCCGGGCAACGCAAGAAGAAGCGAGUGCGCAGCUUCUUCUGGAAGACCAUUCCGGAGGAGAAGGUGCGCGCCAAGCCGAACAUCUGGACCCUGGCCACGCGCCAGCAGCAGCAGUACCAGAUCGACGUGCGCACCAUCGAGGAGCUCUUCGGCCAGCAGGAGGAGGCCCGGUCCGGCGGCGGGCUCAGCCGGGGAGACAGGUCCAAAGAUUCCAUCAAGGAGACCAAAAAAGAGAUCUGUAUCCUGGACUCCAAGAGAGGCAUGAACGUUGGCAUUUUCCUCAAGCAGUUCCGAAAGUCUAACCAGGCCAUUGUCGAAGCCAUUCGCUUUGGAAAGAGUGCCCCGUUCGGCCCAGAGCCCCUGAGAGACCUGCUGAAGCUGCUUCCGGACGAGGAUGAGCUGAAGAAGCUCCGAGCGUUCCAGGGAGACGCCGACUCCCUCUCUCUCGCAGACUCCUUCGUGUACCUUUUAAUCCAGGUGCCGAGCUUUGACCUGCGCAUCGAAGCCAUGGUGCUGAAGGAGGAGUUUGUCCCACUCUCUUCCGUAAUGAGCAAGGAAAUCGAUAUCAUGCGCACGGCAAUGAAAGAGCUGAUGAGCUGUGAAGAGCUACACGCCAUCCUGCACCUGGUGCUGCAGGCGGGGAACAUCAUGAACGCGGGCGGUUACGCUGGCAACGCGGUGGGCUUCAAGCUGUCCUCCCUCCUCUCGCUGGCAGACACCAAGGCAAACAAGCCGGGAAUGAACCUGCUGCACUUCGUGGCUCUGGAAGCCCAGAAGAAGGACAAGCAUCUGCUGAAAUUCCCUGAGAAGCUCGUGCACGUUCAGAGUGCAGCUCGGAUGUCCUUGGAGAGCGUGGAAGCCGAGUUCCAGUCCCUGCACAGCCGGACGCAGUCCGUGGAGGCCAAGGUCCAGAAGGACGGCGAGCUGAAGCUGCAGCUGGAUGAGUUCCUGCAGAGCUGGUCGAGAGUCCUGGAGGACCUGAAGAAGCGCCGGACGGACCUCCGGCAGGAAGGAAACGCGCUCAUCGACUUCUUCUGCGAGGACAAAGACACCGUCAAACUGGACGACUGCUUCAGGAUAUUCCAAGACUUCUGCCUCAAAUUCAAAAAGGCCGUCCAGGACAACUGGGAGCGGGAGCUGAAGGAGGCGACCAAGCAGCGGCGUUUGCGGGAGCUGGAGGAGAAGCGGCACUCGUGGGCGGGCAACGCCGACCAGGGCGGCGGCUUCGGCCGCAGCAGCAGCGAGAACGACGUGGAGACGCUGACCAGGGAGGGGCUGCUGGACUUCCUGCAGCAGCGGCCCCGGAGCCCCAACAGCCCGCAGGGCCGCUCGUCCAGCGCCCGCCGCCACCGGAGCACCACCACCGCCGCCGCUGCCGACCGCGAGCUGCGCAGCUUCCUGGAGCUCGCCGCCGACGCCAACGGCGACGCCGACGGGAGGUUCCUCAGCCUGGCCCGCCCCGCCCGCUCCCCGGUCAAGGGCACCCCGGGCUCGCCGCGGGAAGGCCCCGACCGUCGCGUAGACGGCGACCGCCGCAGCGCCUUCUCCAGGCCCUCGUUCGUGCUCGGCGACGACCUGGAGAGGAACGUCUUCCUGAAGGCGGCGGCUGGCGGUCGGGGACAGAUGAACGUGAGCGUCGAAAAGCACACCCUGGUACCCGGGCUCCAGCCGUUUGACUUCGUCGCCCCUGGCAACGACGGUAACAGUAACGCGCGCUCGGCCGACAGGGGAGAUGUGGUCGUCACCGAUUUGGAGACCUUGGACUCUCCUCCUUCCGGGACGGGUUCAGGCCCGAGCAGAGGGUCAACAGCAGGGCGGGACGAUAAAACGGACACGUCCACAGGUCCGGAGCAGGAGGGGAGCAGCACAUCCUCCUCGAUGGCCCAUAACCCCCCUCCAGCACUAGACCCUUCAGUGUCAAACAAACAGCCUGCCCCCCACUUCCUGGACUGCACCGACACGGACUGCUCCGUGAUCCUGGACUACUCUGAAACGGACUCUCCUGUUUCCAGGGGGGGUACCGCUGCUGACAUGCGGACUCUGGUGAACGACAGUCGCAGUAACCUUAACGCCCAGAACUCAGCUUCAUCCGUGUCCACCAAUGAGCAUUCAGUGUCUGCAUCCACCAAUGAGAAAUCAGUGUCUGCCUCCACCAAUGAGAAAUCAGUGUCUGAAUCCACCAAUGAGCAAUUAGUGCCUGCAUUCACCAAUGACCAAUCAGUGUCCUCAUCCGCCAAUGAGCAAUCAGUGUCUACAUCCAUCAAUGAGAAGGCAACAUCCCCUCCCUCCAAUGACCAUGUAGUAUCUAUAUCCACCUAUGAACACCCUGCCUCUGCCUCCUCCAGCAAGGACUUGGUGAUGUCAUCAACCAAAGAGAAGCCUGCAUCUACGUUAACCAAUGACCAGUCAGCUUCUCCUUCCAUAAAUAAGCUCUCAGCGUCUGCACCCACUAAUGAUCAGGCUGAACCUCAAUCCACCAAUGACGACCCUGAGUCUGUUCAAUCGUCCUCCAAAGACAACACAAACAAGGGCAAACAGGUGGGUGAGAAACACCACAAGCCUGCCACUAAGAACCCUGGGAAUGGCAGUAAAACCCGGUCAAUAAGAACGUUGACCACCUCUGAGAACCAGAGCAUGCGCAAGGUGGUGCCCAUCUCGAAGGUGAACCGCUCGGGUGGUGCGGCCGGAAGGGCGGAGAGAGCGGGCGGUCAGGAAAACGCACGGCGGUCACCGCAGGACCAUGGCGCCCCCGCCAGGAGGACUGAGUCGCUGCGCGUGAUGUCCCCCCGCCCCAGCCUCCCCCUGGAAGACCAGAAGGCUCGGAAGGCCCCGCAGGCGGGGGACCAGACCCCGCGCGGUCCGUCCUUCAGGAAGCCUGCCGUCAAACCCGGUCGGACCGCCCCCAGGCCCCCGCCCGAGGAGAAGAUGUGCCGCUCCACCAUGCGCGCCUUGGCUCUGGCCCAGGGCGGCGGCAGCGCCCCGCCCACGCCCGCCCACGCCCCCAAGGCCGCCCUCCCCGGCUUCGCCCGCAACACGGUGGCCUCGUCCUCCCGGUGGAUGAAGAAGGACUCCGGCCCCAGCUCCACCCCGUCCACACCCUCAAAAACCGCCGCCCUCGCCCGGACCGGGUCCCUCAGGCACGCGCCAAACAGGGUGGCACCCGCGGGGGGCCAGCUCGCACCCGGGGACGGGGAGACGACUCAGGGGCCUCUGAGGAGGAGCCCUAGCACGAGGGUCUACAGCCGGACUGUCAGUCCAAGUGAAACUCCGCCCUCUCCCAGAGACCACUCCCGCAAGUUCAGCAGCGGCCUCUCUGAUAAGUCCGUCCAUUCUAAAGACUCCGCCUCCAGCAACACCCUCAAACCCACAUGGAAAUGACUGACAGAUAAAAGACCAUUCCAUUUGUGAAAAAAGAUGAACUUCACAAAGUUUAGAAUUGCUCCAUUGAAUAAAUGUCUUUAUUUAACUUUGUCCCUCUUUAGGUUCAAUCUAUCGUGGUUUUUCAAUGUUGCGUCCUUUGCUCUUGUCUAUGAAUGGGUAAUUUUUGCAGGAUUUUUAAAUGUACUAUAUCUCUUCCUGUUUGGAGUAUUUUCCAAUGUUGUUAUUAAAAUCAAUUUGAUCAUUUUGAAAUGAAAAACACUAACAGGCAACCACUCUAUACUUUGGAGAGUACACAUUAUAUCGACCAGGGGUUUUUUCCUCAAAUCCUUUUUCAGACGAUCUUCCUAUGAAGAGAGUAGACAAAUGACUAACCUUUUCCAAGGCGUCACACUGCUUUGUCUUGUUUGUGAUGAAGUAGGAAACUACUGAGCAUAUUGUAAUGCUGCUGAUAAGCUGGGUUAACUCAAGUUGAGUGUGUUUAUUCAGGGUACUUGUUCAUGUUUAAAUAUUUUAUAAAACCUGUUUGUCACUGUUGCAGAGUCUUACUUUGCAAAGCCAUAAACCAACCGUUCCCACUCAAACACCAAGCACUAUUCAGAAUGCUCAAAAUACCUACAUCGCUGUUGUUAGGUGACUGUAUUUUUAUCAUUUUUAUGAAUAGAACCAUAGUGUCCUGUGUUCAGAAUUGAGCAGUCUUACAUAUUUAGAAGCACAUUCAUUGUAAUAUCGACAGGACUUGUACACACAUUGAAACAAAACAUAUUUUCGUGCAUAUGGAAUAAAUUGAUGAAUACAUGUGUGUUCUUUUUUUUGGGAAUGAAAUAACACAUUUGCCUGUGUUAUUUGCAUCACAUAAACAUUUCUCUCCAUGGUUUCUUUUAUAAAACAGUUUUCUAUAUAUUUUUCUGUUAUUCAGGGCCAGUUAUCUUCCAUGUAUUUUGAAAUAUACAUUGGUAAUAUAUUAUAGUUUAUUCCGUUUUGCAUUGUGCUUGCCUAGUUAUUAUUUAAAUACAGUAUUACAAUAUUAUUAUUACGGUGUUGAGCAGCUUGCUCAUGAUUGAUCUUAGCGCAUUUAAAUAAAAAAAUGAAAAAACAUAAUGGACCUCACAAUGGAUUAUACAUAUACUGUAUACUUUCAAGGCUUGAAUUUUUGGGAUUCAUUUGUCUUUCUUCAUAAAUUUUUUGCAGGCUUGCAUAUUAAUGGUCCUAAAAUUGAGUUAUCCGUUUUUAAUUCAACUAACACUGGUGGGACAAGCAAUAUAUAAGCUUAGAAAGACAUUUUGGGCAAGAAGUUAGACAAGCCAAGUAAUGUCCAAGUGAAAAGUCAAAUAAAUCAUAAUGUUUUGCAAACUGCGUUAAAACCAUCUCCGUGGUUUAGUGUGCAUUGUUUGUUGGUGCUAUUUACCAUGUAGUGCACCAUGAUACUAAGCAUAUAAUUACAAAUAAGUUAAAAUUUUUAUGUGCACCCAUUAUAAAAUCAAGGGGAAACUCAACUUUGCUGUGCACCCCACUAAUAACACACAAUCAUACACAUAAAUACCUGUGUGAGGUAUCACCUUUAAGCUGAACUUCAAUCCCCCAGUGAAUUGCAUCUCACUUCCUGACUGCUGUUUGCCUCAAGACAAAGCCGGGUGUGACCUUGUCUUUGGCUGGCACGCCAUGCCAUUAGCAUGUCCUGGACAUUAACGGUUCAGAUUAGGUUAUGAUAUGGGCUAUUAGUAGGGCUUAGUAAGAGUGACGAAGCCAUGCAUUUGGUGCCAAGCCAGAAACUUUUAUUUACUGUAAUUAAAUAAGAUCUUCUUUCCUCUUCCCAUGAUGCCUUUCUUAUACUGUUACUCCUGACCUUCUGUCCUUUGUGUAGUCCCUAGACUAAGCCCGUUUUCCUGUGCUUUUAAACUCUUGCUGAGGUAUAAUGCACUUGAGGCUUGAUUUACUAAGACCUUUAGCAUGUACAAGACCUUUUAGCUAAAUUACACGACUAAUGAUUGGUCAUGGUAUUUGUUUUGCACCAAUGAUUGGUUGUGUUAUUAGUUUUGUGUGUGCUAAAAGGUCGCACAUGGUAAUGGUCUUAGUAAAUCCAGACCUUCGUUCCAUUAUGCCUUUGUGUGCAGCACUGGUUCUGUACAUUGCUGGUGCUCAGAUAUGUCCUUCACUUUAUGUAUUACUGUAAAAUAUGUCAUUUCAGUGCAUUUUCAACAGCCAGAUUUGUCUAAUUUUAUUUUCUUUUUUAAGUGUAAGAGGCUGGAAUGAUUGGCAUUAUAAUAGUAAUUUUAUUUAUUUUUGUGUGUUCCAAAGGAAGAUAUGUUUGAAUAAUCUAAUCAAUUUUUUUGUUCGUUUUCCACUGUAUGUCUUAACGCUGCUGCAAAAUUUUGAAUUGAAAUAUUCAAGAACCUAAUUGCAAGGGUGACAUCUAGUGGGAAAGUAAGUUAAGUAAGGCAGCAGACAUUCUUUUAUCGGUGAAAAGAUAUAAACGUUUUUUUUCUUCUAAAUUAAUAUGUAAGGAGUAUACCAAAAGUACACUUUCAAAUGCAACAGUCCCCGUCAAUGUGACUUUUUUUUUUACAGUUACAUACAUUUUAAAUGGACUCUUUGCCACAGGAUUUAAAUAAGGUGUUUAAAUAAAGAUUCUAAAAGAUUUA